UAAGAGAGGGAAAGAGUAAAGACAGAAUCGAACGACCGGGGAGCCAAUCGAGGGGAAGAAGAAGAAGGAGGAGGAGGAGGAGGUGUGCUCUGCAAGGCUCCGGGGGAGGGAGGGAAAUCAAUCUCUCUCUCUCUCUCUCUCUCUCUCUGCAUACGCAGCACAAAAGGAAGAAGCAGAACGAGUUAUUGAGAGGAAAGUAUCGUCUACUGACAGACGAAUGGCGAAGCGGCCUCUCAAUCUCAACUGGAAGGAGUUGGCUCCGAGGAUCAGCGAGGGGGGCCUUAGCGGCGGUAGUAUGGAAUUGGAGGUGGUGAACUCGUCAACGCGGUUCGCUGCCGGGCCGACCUGCGAGAUGGAGCAGAAGGACGGCAGUCCCGAGUUGUUGACGGACCAUCAGCUCGAUGAAAAGAUCCAGAGGGCUCGACAAUUGGUCGAUGGCUUGAACUUGCCCGAUGGAGGGAGGAAACUGCGGAUCAGGCUCAAGUCUCUGGAAGAGGAGAAGGAGAGACGGAGAUUGGAGAAGGAUUCCACUAGCUUUGAGCAUUUCAGACAAACAAAUCACCCAAGAAGCAAAGACUCGUUACUUGUGUCGGCCUCAAGUUCCUCAUCAUCGUCAUUACCGUUCUUUGAUGCAUCUGGGAAAAGAUUUGCAAAGCCAGAUAUUUGUACUGGAAGCUCAGGCAUUGCAUUUGAUGAAGAGCUUUCUCUUCUUAACCCUGCGAAGUUGACAGAACAGAAUCAGUUUUCUGGGAAACCAAAUGAAAGGGAUAGCACUGGAUGGUCUAUGAGUAUGGGGAAUUCAAUGUCAUGCAUCCCAAGUAGAGCCUCCAUUGGUCAAGCUGGAAAUAGGAAGGUUGUUGUGGCAAGCAAUAGUUCUUUAUGUCCUAGUCAUUCUCUUGCUCGAUCAAAGCAAAAUGAUUCAGAUGAUAUGCUUGACAGACGAAGGUCUUUGCGGAUCCAAAACUCACAAAAUUUGGCUAAAAGGAAGGUUGAGACCGUGAUUCUGUUGGAUGAAGAUGAUGUCGAACCUGUAAAUAAAUUAUCUGUUGAGAAGGAGCAAAUUAAGAGGGUUGAAUCUAAAAUAUAUUACCCAUCUAGGAACCAUCCAGAGUGUGUUGAAAUUUGUUACUCCGAUAUGGAUUGCCUUGCUCCUUGUACAUACUUGUCUUCCCCAAUUAUGAAUUUUUAUAUUCAAUACCUUCAGAAGAUGCAAUCUCAGACUGGGAAGGUACGAAAAGAUUACCAGUUUUUCAAUACAUAUUUCUACAAUAAGAUGGAGGAAGCACUGUCGUACAAGGGAAACAAAGAUGAUGAUUCAUUUGUGAAGCUUAGGAGGUGGUGGAAGGGGAUCAAUAUAUUUGAAAAGUCAUUCAUAUUUCUGCCCAUACAUUCGGAUGAACACUGGAGUUUGGUGAUUAUUUGCAUCCCAACAAAGGAAGAUGAACAAGGGCCCAUUAUACUUCAUCUGGAUUCACUAGGACUUCAUGAUAGCAGUCUAAUCUUUUGGAACAUUGAAAGAUACCUGGAAAAGGAAUGGGAGCACUUGAAGGAUGGAUUGUCUCUUCCAAAUUUUCCCAUCUCCUAUAGAGUUUGGAGGCAGCUUCCUUCCAAGAUAAAGUGCAGGGUAAUAGAGGUCCCUCAGCAGAACAACCCUUAUGAUUGUGGCCUCUUUGUACUUUACUUUAUUCAAAGAUUCAUAGAAGAUGCACCUGAAAGAGUUAGGAUGAAAGAUCUAGCUAUGUUUGGUAGGAAGUGGUUCGAGCCUGAAGAGGCCUCUGGACUGCGAGAGCAUUUGAAACGAUUGCUUCAGAAUGAAUUUGAAGGUGCUGGACUUGUGGCUUGUGAUGAAUCACCUUAAAAGGGUGCGGUGUUUUUUGUUAUCAGGAGGAAGACAUGUACAGAAGAUGUAGCAGUUGUUGUCUGCUUCGACUUGCUCACAUUCAUGUAGCAUAUUCCUGCCAUGACUCAUUCCAAGCGGUGUAAUGGACAUCGUGGGAGUUGGGAGUCUUGUGACAUUAUGCGGGCAGUAGAUCUCAGUGAACUGAAAUUUUGAAAAGAAGUAUGCCACCUGUAUGCGUUAAGAACAAAAUCUGAUCCCAUUGGUUUGGCGUGAAAGGCUGAAAUUGAAUUAGAAAUUGAAUCAGACUUGGUUUUACACAGCCGGACUUGAAGUUGAGUUCGGGUUCUCUGUUUUUUCUUCUCUUUGUUAAUAGUCAUUGAUCAGAUAAGGUGUACAUGUACUUUGUAAUCUUGAAUAGUUAUGAUUGUAAAAUCUAAAUUCUGAUGAAUAUUUGGAACACACUGAUGUUUAUGUCUU